GUUUGAUGAGAUGGUAUCAAAUGUAUGGGGAAUGUGUGAUGCAUGUUCUUAGGUCUCUUGGUGAUACAUAUAUUCAUGAUAUGAUCUUAUCUGCACAACAGGUCUAUGUCACAAGCUACAGGCUGUCACCUCUGGAAUAAACUUUAUGCACAUAGACCCUGGACUCAUAUUAUAUAUAUGUAUAUAUAUUCAUUAGAUUAUAGUACAGGCGGGACUAAUAUUAUUCUGCAUUUUCUUACAAGCCAAUUGCUCUACAUAGCAAAGCAAUUUCGUAUACCCGAAUUUCUGUCAAAAUGGACAGUCGAUUCAACACAGAUAAACUGGAGAGCAUCUCAAAGCGACUGGAGUCCGCAAAACAAACAGCAACAGAAGAAGAAAGUGACCAAGAAUUCGUUGUAGACGAAAAUAAAAGUGCCUCAGAGGAUGAUAGUGCUGGUGAUAUAAGCGAUGACGGUAAAGAUAAUAUUGAGACUGCGUAUGGCAGUGACUCGGAAUACGAUAAUGAUGGAAACGUCAUAGAGAAAGAAGGCGGUCGGAUGAGUUCUAAACGCAAAGCAGACAGUGACAUCAAUGGUGCAGUAGAGAACGGGAGCGAAGAGGAAGUGGAUGAGAAGGUAU